AUGAGUGUUGACAUCGCAGAACGCAUCAAAGAGGGCCUUGAGGCGGUGAUAGUAGGUGGUGAUGGAGAGGUCACCUUACACGAGGAUGUGGAACUGCGCCUCAAGACGCGCGCCGCCAGGCUGCUGCUCCGCCCGCGCGCCCACGCCGCGGCCGCCCAACUCCCGCGCCCACGCCGUAGCCGCCGCCGUUCGCCGCCACCGACGCCGUCCUCCGCCGCCGCCGACGCCAUCUCCCCCUCCCGUCACCACGCGCGCGCCCCUUCAUCCACGUCGCCCGCCGACGCCCGCCGCCCGGUGCCGCUGUUGGCGCCCUCCGCCGCCGCCCCGCCACCGCGCGCCUUCCUCCUCGACCACCGCCGCACGACCCCGCCGGCCGCGUCGGCCGCCGUCCUCGAUCCUCGACCGCGGCCUCCUCGACCGCGGCCUCCUCUCCGCGGCAAGCACUUCCUCGAACUCUCCCUCACCUCGCCGUCGACGGACCUCUUCGCCGGCCGCAGGCUCGCCAUCUCUCCGGCGAACUCCUUCUUCUGCGACUUCACCGCCUCAGCUCUUACCCUCGAGCCUACCGGAGCCGCGCCGACACCGUCGCCAAGCCAAGGACCUUCCGCGGCCAAGCGUAAGCCGCCGCCAGAGACCUCCAAGAUCACCAAGUUCCUCAAGCCCGGGGCUUCUCGGGGCAAGGCCGUGGAGGGCGACGCCUCAGGCGGCUCGCGGUCCGUGGUGCUGCAUGUCGGCCCUGCUGUUGCUGCUGUCCAAGACAAACCUUCCGGCCUCCUAGGCCGGAUCGUUGAGCUGAACCGCGCGGCUGUUCCGGAAGCUACCAUCGAGGCCCUUAGGUCCCAGGUUGUCAAGCUUCAAGGCGAGAAAGAGCAGCUCAUCAAGGAGCACCACGAGGCACUGGAUGCCCAGAAGACCGCCUUGAGGGAGCUGAAGGAACAGGCUAUGCAAGCCGCGCUCCAGCAUGAGCAAGCUCUGAAGGAUGCCCGGGUUGCAGCUGAGGCCAGGCUGGCGGAGGUUGUGGAGGACUCCACGAACUCCAACACCGUACUGACGGCAGAGCUGGAGGAGGAAAAGAAGGCGCGGAAGGCAGCGGAGCGCCUCAUUGAUGUCAUGACCACAGAUCACAAGGAAUACGAUCGGUUGGUUAUGCAGAUUGACGCGUUGGCUUUCCGUAAGCCCCUGCCUUGUCCCUUCUUUCGCUUAUAA